AUGAAACUUGCUGACUGCGAUCCACGAGCCAUUUGUAUCGACCUAAUUGAUGGAUAUGAAUGCCGAUGUCCGAUUGGUUUCACUGACGUUUCACAGGAUCCCAUCAAUAAACCUGGCCGCGUUUGUGCACAACGUAAAUAUAUAUAAAC